UAGACAGUCCGUUCAAAAUAAACGGGCGGAUUAAUUGGAGCGGGGUAGCGCGGGGCUUGUUCGACGCAACCCCAAGCCUAACUCGCGUGGUAACUCUUCCUCCACCCCCACCUUGAUAUUCAGCAACGUGCGCCUGUCAUGGAGUAUAACGACGAUACCAGGCUCGGACAGGCACAUCCGGUCAUCCCCCGUGAUCCUCGACGACGCAGAACGACGCCGAGCGUCUACACGUUAGCAUGAAACUCGACUCGUCCGUAGCUGAGGUGUUCUCGCGCCGACAAACGAUUCCGGCUCAGCUGGUUCGCGCGAUUCUCUUCCUCUAAGCGGAAUCGUUGUUUUCCACGGUCGUUUCGUUCGGUUUUCUCGUCGAGGUGUAACGAUGCAGGAGCACAAGUCGUUUCUUAUAAGGGAUCUUCUGGGGGAUGUUCUGUCCGAACGGGUGCACGAUUCGGAGGACGAUUCUGCCGUACACUCGGAUUCCGAGGACACGAUCGACCCAGGAAGUAGCCCUUGCACUCGACUGGAGAGUCCUCCGCCGGCUCUGUCGCCAUCGCCGGCACCAGCGACUUCCGGCAAGUCUUGCGGCACGACGAGCGGUCCUCCAAGCGGCAGAAAACCCAGAAGAAGGCGAACGGCCUUCACCCACGCUCAACUCGCUUAUCUGGAACGAAAGUUUCGCUGUCAAAAGUAUCUGAGCGUGGCGGAUCGCAGCGACGUGGCCGACGCGCUGUCGCUGUCCGAGACGCAAGUGAAAACCUGGUACCAGAACAGAAGAACGAAAUGGAAGCGACAGAACCAACUGCGACUGGAACAACUUCGACAUCAAGCUACGGUGGAAAAGGAGCUGCUCGUGCGAGGAGUAGGACUCCAUCAUAGCAGCAUAGACGCUUAUUGUCCACCUUACAACGCUCAGACCCAAACGCAGGGUCAUCCGCCUCCACCGCCACCGCCGCCAGCACCGUCCACCGCUUCCACGGCUGCGUUUCUCUCCACGGCCGCAGCCCUCUUCCGAAACGUCACUUACGUUCACGGAUGUCCCCUUUAACCCGGCCGAACGCCGCGGUUUCAGGAUCGUUUCUGCCUUCUGGCCGCCGGCGUCGGCAGCCCUUCCCUCUUCGAAACGUCCGUUUCGGACGAUUCCGAACCACCGCUGGAACCACCAUCGCCGAUGGAUCCGAUCGGACCUCGAUGUGCCCGAACUCCCGAUCGUGAAUCGCGAUGGUUCGCCGCGGUCGCUGUUCUUUUCCGUCGAAUUCUUCGGCCUGCGUUUCGCUACGUCGCAC